CGUGACGCGAGCGGCCCGUGUUGGUUCCAGCUGACAGGCGGAGGGAGAAAAGCGAAAACCGAGGAAAAAAUGCGCGAGUGUGUGUGCGCGCGUGAAGGUGAGAGAGGGAGGGAGCGCGAGAGAGAGAGAGAGAGAGGAAAAUAAGAGCCAUCAUCUAGCUGGCUCUCUCCACUACUGGAUUUUAUUAUUUUUUCUUUCGGGGGGGGAAUCUCUUUAUUUCUCUUUAUUUCUAUCAUCGGAUCAUUUCGAUCAUGUCACCUCAGAUUUGAUGGAUUAUUCCGCCGUGGAGACUUCCCGCCGCCGAUUCUUCAUAUUCUGCUGAUUCUAAUCAUCUUUCUCCGCUCAGUGCACGGGACUACCUUCAGCCGCCUUCUUUUCUGCUUUUAUUAUUACUCUCACUGUUUGUUGCCUCCAUCUGGAAGGUAAUUUUUAGGGAAUCUGUCAAGCUGACAGUCGAGCUGGACCGGUUUUGUUUCCACAAGCUCGAAGAGGACUUGGAUCAGUCGUUUAUAAGUGCGGCGGUGUUUGUUUCGAGAGGAACGCGGUGACAGCAACUCCAGAGGGAUGAAUUAAACCUGCUCAGCAUGCUGCCAUUUUGGAGAUAGACCCCCCCUCAACCCUCAGUUUUUAAAUUUUAAUUUCUUUUUUGCACAUUUUACAUGGGCCGAGGGGAAAGCGGGAUAUCAAGAGGAGAUCUCACGCACGCCUCACCUGUCUGCGCACCUUUUUCACGGCGCGCGCGUUAACUACAAUCUCUUGAGUGGAUUAUUUUGAUCUUGAGCUCCAACUCUGCAGGUUGCUCCGCUCCACCUCCCUCCACCUACCCCCUCCUCCUCCUCCUCCUUCUUUUCCCUAGAAGUUAUGUCAAGGCCUCUCACGCAGCUCCUGCCGCCGGAUCUCCCUGCAGGGGCCACCAGCCCGCAGUUUGGGGCCAGCAACCCGGCUGGAAGUGGCCCCCAAGGCGGACACCUGACCUCCAUGACCAACCUGAAGUCUCUACUCCAGCUGCCAAUCAAGGCCGACCAGAGGGUCACCAAGAACUGCUGCGAGAUGAAGGACAAAGACAAGCCGCAGGACUCUGAUGAAGACUCGCUGGGCAUCAACAAUGGAGGCCCCGGCGGGACGGGAGGGACCCCAGGCUCCGGCCCGCUGCGACCCAACUCCCAGUCGGCCUUCCUGGGGCCACUGCUGUGGGAAAGGACCCUUCCAUGCGACGGAGGCCUCUUCCAGCUGCAGUACAUGGAUCUGGAGGAGUUCCUGACUGAGAAUGGGAUGGGCAUGCACAGUAACGGGCCCAGCUCAACCAGCGCCCAAAUACCCUCCCAGGCUCAGGAUGAGGCCUUGGGGACAGAAUGUGGGSAGUCAGUGCCCCARGACCCCUCGCCCACUUCCACCUGCCCUCCAGGGCCACCCGGGCCUCCGGCUGGUGCCAACGGCAGCAGCGACAUCAUGGAUGAGAAGUACUGGAGCAGGCGUUUGAAAAACAACGAGGCGGCCAAGCGCUCGCGAGACGCACGGCGGCUGAAGGAGAACCAGAUCUCGGUGCGCGCCGCCUUCCUGGAGCGGGAGAACGCCACCCUCCGGCAGGAAGUGGCCGACAUGAGGAAGGAGCUAGGCCGCUGCAGGAACAUCAUCAACAAGUACGAGAGUCGGCACGGAGACUUGUGA